UUUGAUCCCCUGGUCAGAAAGGAGACCAACAUACACCAUGCGAACUGCUAUAGGACCGGCCAACUGGAAUUAAACCCUGAGUCUGACUACAAGCUGACAGAAUACGCAAUCACUCCCUGAGAAUUCCAGUGACCUUUGACCCAAGUAUGGCUACCACUCAGGGGACCACCGUGCCCCCCUCCCAAUCCCCAGGUUUAGGUGUACCCACCCUGGUCACCAUAGACAUUGUGGUGCUCGUUGUCUACUUCCUCCUUGUACUGGCUGUGGGCCUCUGGUCCAUGUGGAAAACCAAGCGGAGCACGGUGGAUGGAUACUUCCUGGCAGGAAAGAGCAUGUCCUGGUGGCCGGUGGGCACCUCUCUGUUUGCCAGUAAUGUGGGUAGCGGCCACUUCAUGGGCCUGGCAGGCUCAGGAGCUGCAGCGGGCAUCAGUGCUGUGGCAUAUGAGUGGAACGGGAUGCUGAUGGUGCUGCUCUUGGGUUGGCUUUUCCUGCCCAUCUAUAUCGCUUCUGGGGUGACAACCAUGCCUGAAUACUUGCAGAAGCGAUUCGGGGGGAAGCGAAUACAAUUAUUCAUAGCUAUUUUGUAUUUAUUCAUUUACAUCUUCACAAAGAUAUCGGUGGAUAUGUAUGCUGGGGCAGUGUUUAUUCAACAGGCCCUGCAGUGGAACAUCUAUGUAGCUGUGGUGGUGCUUCUGCUCAUCACUGCUCUCUAUACUGUAACAGGUGGUCUGGCUGCUGUCAUGUACACAGACGCUGCCCAGACUGGCAUCAUGUUGAUAGGAGCACUCACCCUCAUGGGCUUCAGUUUCGCUGAGGUGGGGGGCUGGAACGCCCUCCUAGAGGGGUAUGCUACGGCCAUUCCCUCUGUCCGCGACACUAACACCACAUGUGGCAUCCCCCGGGACGACGCCUUCCACCUGUUCCGUGACCCUGUGACCUCUGACCUGCCCUGGCCGGGCAUUCUCCUGGGCAUGUCCAUACCCUCCAUGUGGUACUGGUGCUCAGACCAGGUGAUAGUGCAGCGCUCCCUGUCUGCUAAGAACCUGCUCCAUGCUAAAGGAGGCUCCCUGCUGGCUGCCUACCUCAAGAUCCUGCCCUUCUUCAUGAUGGUCCUGCCCGGCAUGAUCAGCAGAAUACUCUACCCAGACGAGGUGGCGUGUGGUGACCCUGAGGUUUGUACUGAGGUGUGUGGGAACCCAGUGGGCUGUUCAGACAUCGCCUACGCCAAACUGGUCAUGAAGCUACUGCCCUCAGGUCUGCGUGGUCUGAUGAUGGCGGUGAUGAUUGCUGCUCUCAUGUCCUCCCUCACCUCCAUCUUCAACAGCUCCAGCACCAUCUUCACCAUGGACCUGUGGAGGCAUGUCCGGCCCCGAGCAACCGAGUGGGAACUCAUGCUCGUGGGAAGGAUGUUUGUGCUGGUUCUGGUGGUGGUGUCAGUGCUCUGGAUCCCUGUGGUCCAGGCCAGUCAGGGAGGACAGCUGUUCAUCUACAUCCAGUCCAUCAGUACCUAUCUCCAGCCCCCUGUUUCCAUCGUCUUCCUGACUGGAUGCUUCUGGAAGAGGACCAAUGAGAAGGGGGCUUUCUGGGGCCUGUUCCUGGGCCUACUGGUGGGCGGUGUGAGGAUGGCCCUAGACUUUAUCUAUCCCUCACCACUGUGUUACCAGGAGGACAGCAGGCCUGAUGUGGUGAAACAUGUCCACUACCUCUACUUCUCCACCGUGCUGUCUCUGCUCACCCUGGUGGUGGUGGUGGGAGUCAGCCUGGCCACGGAGAAACCCAGCCCAGAGCAGAUCAGCCGCCUCACCUGGUUCACCAGAUUUGAUAAGGUGGAGAAGAGCAGUGGAGCUUUAGAGACAGUAGAGACUGUGACUAGUGCUACAGAGACCGAGGAGAGUGCCGAGCAGGAGAUAGAAGACAGAGAGCAGGAGAAGGCUAACGGAGAGACACACCUUCAGAGGAAAGUCUCCUCAGAAGCCAGUGUGAGGAGCCAGUCCAGGCUGAAGGCCGCCCUCUACUGGCUGUGUGGGAUGGAGCGGCAAAAGGAGGGUGACAGCGCCCCACAACCCCCUCUUCUUCUCGACCCCGCUAGCUCUCUGGAAGAGGACCCAUGCCUUAGCCACGUGGUCGACGCCAACCUCAUCAUCUGCCUCUCCAUCGCCGUCUUUAUCAUUGGCUACUGGGCCUAGUGAGGAAUUCUCAACAGCCAAUGAUAUUGGCAGGGACAGGUGGAGCUUGGCCAUUGCUG